UCGUAUCCACUAGUUCAGAUCUUUGAUGAAUAAAACCGCGUACGCUGAAGUGCCCGCGAGUUCGUCCGCGAUACACCGCGAAAUAAUUUAUCAACUACUGUAAAUUACUAGAGAGCAAUAGCACAGCAACUGUGUGCAACAUUGCAUAUCGAAUGCUUCACGUGUGACCGACGAUUUUUUUUUGAAAUUGAAGAAGUGACACAGUGCAUCCACCGGCAAUCGGGUUGUCUUGGUAAAGUGAACGUGCGGGUUUUUGCGUGUUUUGAAAAUAUUGUGUGACCUUAUAAUGCAAUAUUUCUUCGAAAGUGCCUGAACGAGAGGCAGCUAUUGAAGAAGCAAACCAAAAUAGCAACAGAAGAACCUCAGAAGAGCAAACGAAGCAAUAUCAAUAUUCGGAUAAAGAAAGGUACCGCUGGUGAUUGGUGUAUUUCACGGCGCCGUCGAAAGAAAGCAAGACGCAAUUUUGAAAAGUGAUUGAUUGUUUGUCGUUUCGUAAAAACAAAAUUGCAAGUGUAAAUUGUAAGCCAUUAUACAAGUGAAUAAUUGUGCAAAGCUACUUAAACUGGUAAUAAAACCGAACUUUGUGACAUUGUGUGAUAUUGUCGGAGCAAAAACGGUGACCUUUGGCGGUAAUUUGCUCAAGUUAAGGUACAAAAAUGAGCUCUAAUAGGCAGGGCGGUCCGGUGGGCCGCAUCGUUGACAAGAUAAAGCGUACGAUGACAAACGAAGGGGAUGACACACGCGAUCCCCUACAGUACGGCUACCAGCGUGUCAACACCGGAGAAGGAUCUCUAUCCACAUCGACCACGGGCACCAGCUUGGAUACGAUCGUGUUGGAUACCAACGCCGAAGACCUGACCAGCACCCCUCGGGUAGGCGCCCAGCGGACGUUCAGUCCCAUCUUGGAAACGGACGACACGAACCCGUUCCUAGACCCACCGCCACCGGGCCAAAAGUCUCCGCCCUCGGUGAGCGACGCCAAAGCCAAGAGCAAAUCGUCCCUGAAGGGUUCGCGGGUGUCCUUCGACCAGGAGGAUCGCUUCGAUGAAACCGAUGAGGGCUUUCGCAAGCAGCGGGAGCACUUUCAGAAACACAAGAGCCACAGUACCUCCGAGCAUAAGAAUCAGCUGAUCAAGGAGCUUCGGCAUCUGCUCGCUGCCGACAACCGGCGCCAGUUCCAGGGCAAGAAGCAUGUCUCCCUGGACGUUCAGAGCUCCAAGGUGCUCGAGGAGCUGCUGAAGGCGUCCUCCUCCGAGGACGACUUCGAGGGCCAACGGAAACAGUUCCAGGAGCGCAAGCACAAAAGCCUCGACGCGCGGCACAUUUCGUUCAAGUUCGAGAAGGAACCGACGCCGUCCAGCAGUGAAGAAGACUUCGAACCGUCGAGCUCGUUGCUCAAAAUCGACGCCGAUAUCACCAAGCCCGUCAUCAUCGAUCUGAAAGACCUAGAAUCGAGCGAGGACGAAGACUAUAUUUCCUCGCGGAAACAUUUCCAACAGGCAAAGUCGAUGAGUACCGACUCGCGCAAGAGCAACAAAAGCAUACGUUUCUUCGAGAUGGAAAUGGGCACUAAGGAAGAAAACAUCCGGACGGCCGUUCCCUUCGUGCGACAAAUCACGGAGGAUGGCAAGCCAAAGCUAGAGGUCUAUCGGCCGACCACGAAUCCGAUCUUCAUCUGGACCCAGGUCUUGGCAGCACUAUCGGUAUCGCUUGGUUCCAUGGUUGUAGGAUUCUCGUCAGCUUACACCUCUCCGGCGCUGGUGUCCAUGAAGGAUCGCAACAUUACGUCGUUUGAAGUGACGGAUCAAUCGGGUUCAUGGGUCGGCGGAAUUAUGCCCUUGGCGGGUCUUGCUGGCGGUAUCCUCGGUGGACCGCUGAUCGAGUACCUUGGUAGGAAGAACACCAUCCUGGCGACGGCCACCCCGUUCAUCAUCUCCUGGCUGCUGAUUGCAUGUGCUACCCAUGUGGCGAUGGUUUUGGUCGGUCGUGCGCUGUCUGGAUUCUCGGUUGGUGUUGCUUCCCUAUCGUUGCCGGUAUACCUGGGUGAAACCGUACAGCCAGAGGUGCGAGGAACGCUUGGGCUGCUUCCAACGGCGUUCGGUAACAUCGGUAUCCUGCUAUGUUUCGUAGCCGGCAAGUACAUGGACUGGUCGGGGUUGGCAUUCCUGGGAGCGGCCCUGCCCAUACCUUUCCUGCUGUUGAUGUUCCUGAUUCCCGAGACGCCCCGUUGGUACGUUUCACGAGGACGCGACGACCGAGCCCGCAAAGCCCUGCAGUGGCUGCGAGGCAAGAAGGCCGAUGUGGAUCCCGAGCUGAAGGGUAUCAUCAAGUCCCACCAGGAUGCGGAACGACAUGCAUCGCAGAGCGCCAUGCUGGAUCUGAUGAAGAAGGCCAACCUGAAACCGCUGCUUAUUUCGCUGGGCUUGAUGUUUUUCCAACAGCUGUCCGGUAUCAACGCCGUCAUCUUCUACACCGUGCAGAUCUUCCAAGAUGCCGGCUCGACAAUCGACGAGAACCUCUGUACGAUCAUUGUCGGUGUGGUGAACUUCAUUGCCACGUUCAUCGCCACCAUGCUGAUCGAUCGGUUAGGCAGGAAGAUGCUACUGUACAUUUCCGACGUGGCCAUGAUCAUCACUCUGAUGACACUGGGUGGUUUCUUCUAUGUGAAAAACAGCGGACAGGACGUGUCCCAGGUCGGCUGGUUGCCACUGGCUGCGUUCGUGAUAUACGUCCUUGGCUUCUCGCUAGGGUUCGGUCCCAUCCCGUGGCUGAUGAUGGGUGAAAUCCUGCCCGGAAAAAUCCGAGGUUCAGCCGCGUCGGUGGCUACGGCCUUCAACUGGUCCUGUACUUUCAUCGUCACGAAGACGUUCGCCGAUAUCAUAAAUGCCAUCGGAACGCACGGUACCUUCUGGAUGUUCGGCAGCAUCUGUGUGAUCGGUCUGGCGUUUGUGAUAUUCUACGUGCCGGAAACGCAGGGCAAAUCGCUGGAGGACAUCGAACGGAAGAUGAUGGGCCGUGUCCGACGAAUGAGCUCGGUGGCCAACAUCAAGCCACUGUCGUUCAACAUGUAGAAGUAUGCAACCACUCUCAGUGAGAAUGAUCGCGGUUAGUCUUCAAUUGUUAGGAAAAUAAAAAAGUACGCUCGAGAUAGACAACAAAAAAAAAAACAAUGUUAAUCAGGACUCACGACGAAAGCAGCCAUAGGAAGCGCAAACCAUAUACACUGUGCUGUUAUAUAAGAAAACCGUGCCUAGAAUGUUCAACUGUAGUAGCAUCCUUACUCGGAGGGUUAAAAUUGCGAGAUUUAAGGUUAGAGAAAGAGAGAAAACAAACAAGAGAUUCUUUGUGAUAUACCAAGAGAACGAAAUCCAGACAGUGUCCCUCAUAGAGGAACGGUUGACAAAUAUUGACAGACAAAACAGUAACAUAAAUCACGCAAUAGUUCAAAACUAAUCAACGUUAGUCUCUAGUUGCUGCCUUGGCACAAAAACUGCAUCAUAUGAUGAUUGAUGGAUGGAUUUGCGGAAGUUUGUUUCGUGUUUUACACGAAAUAGAAUCAAAAUUUGCUAGUUAAAAAAAACUAUGAGAUUGAGAGGCAGCUAGGAUCGAAAGGAGAGAGAGUAGAGUAUCAAUGUAUAUAUUUUUCAGACGAUAGAAAUCAGUUCCUUUCCGAAGAUAAUUUCUUUAUUUUAAACUAAGUAACAUGCAUGGACGCUCUAGAUUUAGUAAGAUAGACAGAAAUCGCUUAUUUCAUGACAAGAAUUGGUACCAAAAAUUAGGAUACGUUUUACACAUUUACACGCCAUCCCGUGGAAUGCGAGGACGCAAGAAUUCUCCGCUUCGAAAGUGCGACAGGUAGGCCACAGAUAGAUGAAUCUCAAUCAGAAUUUUACAGAAGUUGACACUUUGUCUAGCUAAGUGAUGAUUUCAUUAUUCUAAUUUCAUAAAUUAAGCAUUACGAAUAGCAUAAAACUUAUGUAUGACACAAUGAUUAUUUAAUGUAAAGUAAUGAGUAUACUGAAUAAACUAUAAUUUAUACGAUUAA